UUUCAGGAAGUGAAGAACUGCGUCAGUAGCAGUUCUAGAGGACAGAUUAGAUACACUGCACUUAGAUUUCACAUGGAAAACAGGAAAGUAAGGUCAGUUGACUGUUGACCACAGAAUGGCAUCAUUUCACGAAGCCUUAUCCCCAACCAGCACGAUGGAAACAUCAAACUUUGCACAUGUCAUCUUUCAGAAUGUUGGCAAGAGCUUCCUCCCUCAUGCAGCCCUGGAGUGUCACUACACUCUCACCCCUUUCAUCAAGCCACACCCAAAGGACUGGGUUGGCAUUUUCAAGGUGGGCUGGAGCACAGCGCGGGAUUACUACACCUUCCUGUGGUCACCUCUACCUGAAAACUAUGUGGAAGGCACUACUGUCAACCGAACAAUAGUAUUUCAAGGAUACUAUGUCCCCAAAGAUGAUGGGGAGUUCUACCAGUUCUGCUAUGUCACACACAAGGGUGAGAUCAGGGGCGCCAGCACACCCUUCCAGUUCUGCGCUGACACACCCACUGAGGAUGACCUGCUAACUGUGGAGGAUGAGUGCAACUCUGACAUCCUAGUAGUCACCACUAAGGCUAGCUUGCUGGAGCAAAAGGUAGAGGAGGCGCAGAAGGAGAGGGAGGAGCUGAUGAAAGCCAUGAGCCUCCUGCACAAGGAGAAGGAGCAGCUCCAGCAGGAGCAGGAGAGGCUGCGGAUGGAGAGCGAGCAGGAGAGAGAAGCCUGCAGUCAGCUGAGGAUUAAGAACCAGGAACUUCAGCAGUCCUCGCAAAUCCUGCAGGAGGAGAAGGAGGACAUGAAGAGGAAGCAUGACCAGGCAUUGGGAAGGGUGCACCAGCUGGAGGAGGACCUCAUUGGAGUGACACAGAGAGGCAUCCAGAAAGAGACAGAGUUGGACAGUCUCAGGGACCGAUUGAAGAAGCUAACAAUGGAGAAGGAGGGUCUGGAGUCCCUGCUGAAGAACGAAAGAGAUGAGAGGGAGUUGUACAAGAUCCACCUGAAGAACACGGAGCUGGAGAACACCAAGCUCACAACUGAGCUGCAGAUGCUUAAGUCGGUGGACAUGAACAAGGAGAUCACCAUUGCGCAGUUCCAAGAGGAAGUGGGCCGGCUCAAGGCCUGUGUGGCUGAGAAGGAAAAGCUGCAGAAGGAGAUCCUUGCCAACUCCACCGCCUCGGAGGAGGCAGCUGGCCUGAAGGAGCAGCUCCGGCAGACAGAGGAGCAACUACAGGCCACGCGACAGCAGGCCUCCAUGCUGGCCUCAGAGCUGCGUGAUGCCUCCAGCACCCGUGACCGCACCAUGUCGGAGCUGUACCGCACACGGCUGGAGGUGGAAGAGCUUCGCUCGAGCUUAGCCGACGCCCAGACUGAGUGCUGCCGCAUAGAAAGCCAGCUGGAGAAGAUGAGGAAGGCCAGCCAGCAGGAACCAGGAUCUGGAGAGGAGGCUGCUGUGGGGGCGGCUGCUGGGACAGAGGCGGAUCUUCAGCGAGAGGUGGAGGAACUGAAGCUAAGGUUACAGAUGGCAGCAGAACACUACAAGGAGAAGUACAAGGAGUGCCAGAGACUGAGGAGGCAGGUGGCCCGGCUUUUGGAGCAGCAGGCGGAUUCUAAGAAAAGUGCAGCAGCAGGGAGUUCACAUGCAGCGGAAGCACCAGAACAAAUCCGACCCGAAAGCCCCGAGUCCCCCACUGCAGGAGGACUUCCCGCCAUGGACGUGUUUCUAGACACAAUGACCUUGGAGAGAAACAAAGGUGGCAGUAAAGAUGCAAGCGAAAGAGGGGACAAAUACAGGAAGUGCAAACAGAUGCUAAAUGAAGAGCGAGAGCGCAGCUGCAUGUUUGCAGAUGAACUAGCCAAGAUGGAGGUCAAGUGGAAGGAGCAGUGCAGGAUCAACGAGGAGCUGAAGCAGCAGCUGGCUGAGCAGGAGGACCGCUAUAAGAGCCAGGUGGCAGAGAGGAGCCGUGAGGUGAUGGAACUGAAGGAGUGUCUCCAACAGGUUGUGAAAGAGAAGGAGAACCUCGAAGAGGAGCUGCAGAAGAGAGCACAAGAGCAAAGCAGCAGUGUGGCUAAAGACUCAAGAUCUGGCAGAGUCCAGCCUGUGUUCCUGCAGUACCCGCUCCCAUACCCCCAGGACCCCCCUCCGGCCUCCCUGGUCCAACAGCGGCCAGCUGAGCUGCAGUUUGGAAAUCCAUACUCCACCCUAAAUACACGAGCGGCACACCCUGAUGCUCAUGUUGUCCCUGCAGACGGAGCGGACGGGGAGUUCUCGCCGGAGCGAACCUCCAGACCUCUGCCUGCAGGACCCCCCUCAUGGGAAAGCAAUGUGGUCUGCAUCCAACCGUCCCGCAAUCUGAGCCCACCAGAUGGCCUGGAGGACACCGAGGAGCACAGCAAUGUGCAGGGCAGUGACAGCGAGCAGCCAGUGGUUCCCGACUCUCACGGAGCCGUCCCUGGAGACAGCCAGACUCCCUUCUGCUUUGACUCCAGCGUGGACAUCCACAAGCGCUGCCCGCUCUGUGAGGUCAUCUUCCCACCGCACUACGAGCAGAGCAAGUUUGAGGAGCACGUCGAGAGCCACUGGAAGGUGUGCCCCAUGUGCAGCGAGCAGUUCCCCCUGGAUUGUGACCAGCGCCUCUUCGAGAAGCACGUGCUCACACACUUCGAUGGCAACGUGCUGAACUUUGACUAAGCCUCCCCUAGGCCCCACCUGGCAGAAACUGCUGGGACCUUUAGGCAAAAGUACCCCCACCCGGUGACGGGGAGCAGGGUGGGGAGAGACAGUCGCAUGUGUACGUGUUGGUAGGAUUAACCCAGAGCAGCCCCGAUCCCUGCGAAGGCUUUUGCUACCUUGGGUGCGAGCCUCUUCCUGUACGCCAUUUCUCUAGUGUCACUCUGGAUAGUAGAACCUAAAUCCACUCUGUCACCUCUGCAGAGAGUGUGUGUGUGUGUGUGAGAGAGAGAGAAUACAGAAUCUUAAUCACAGCAAUUAUUUUUAGAACAGCCUGCAUUUAAUUGCACAGGUUUCUUCAGAGCUACUGUAUAGUCAGAAUAUUCGUAGAAACUUGGCUGGGGGGUGGGCCAGCACUAAACCACUGCUGCUUGUUUUCACUGCCCCAGUGUCCAGCCCCCAUGUCUCACUCGAGAGUAGCAUUAUGUAAUCAGUUCUAAGUUGAGACACAUUGCUCUGUUCAAGGUGGCUUCUUGAAGUUCUGCACCUUAACGGGGCCCUGAUCUCCCUCUCUGGAUCAGAACCCGUAGAACCAAGUAUGAAUGGCAACACUAACGUUAAAGAAAUACCUUGAAAACAUUCUAUCUAGCAAUUCUGUAGUCAUUUUACCUCUUCGAGUUGUCCUUCGCCAUGGUCAGUGGAUGGACCUGUUCAUAGUGGAGCCUUCCAUGUUUAUUCUAUUUAAAAACUCUUUGCCUGUAAUUAUGUUUUAAGUUAGGUUGCUUUGUUCAGCAGUAGAUAUUCUAAUAAACUCUGCUGUCUGCUCACCUGGGCUCGGCUGGACA